AUGGAAGGUCUCCACAUGGACAACACCUCACAGAACCAAAGCUACGAUCACAGCGACAUCACCUCCAACAACCAGGAUUACAGGAACUUGUCAUUCAUCCUGUAUGUGGUGACAUACACAAUCAUCGCUACCGGCCUCCCGUUGACCCUCGUGGCCAUCUAUGCUCUGUAUUCUAUGGUGAGAAGAGAUCAUGUUGCUCCCAUCUACGUCAUCAACCUUCUCAUUACUGACCUGAUUCAACUCUGCUUCAUGAUCGUUCAGGUGGUACGAAAUGUGGAUUGGACGAUAUAUCUCAUCUUCGUAUAUAUUUACUUCUCUGCUCUGAUUGCCAGUGUUGGCUUCAUGGUCUGCAUCGCCCUGGAAAGGUAUUUGGUCAUCGCCCACCCGCUGUGGUACCGCUUCAGACGAUCCAUCAGGAGCUCUGUGGUGGUCAGUGUCCUGGUCUGGGUCCUUUCUGUGGUCUGUGUUGUCCUUUUCUUUAAUCUGGUCCGAGCAAUAAUCUACUUUGUCCUCCUCCUUUCCUUCCCACUGUUAAUAUUCUCCCUGGUUGGGACCCUCAAAGCCCUGUCUGCUUCCAUCUCGGUCCCCUCUGAUGAAAAACGACGAAUUGUGGGAAUUUUGGUUCUGGUGCUGUUUAUUUACACCGUGCUGUUCCUGCCCUUCAUGAUUUGGUUCUUGAAAGUAUACACUGAAAAUAACAGAUGGCAAGACUUAAGACUCAACAUUCUGUCUCUAACAUUUCUUAGGUUCAGUCCUCUUGCAGACUUGUUCCUGUAUGUCUUCAUGAGGAAAGGGUUCAUAGACAAGCUUUUGGCCUCUGUGUGUUGCUGCAGAAUGGACAGCAAUGAUAUCAGCAGUUCAUCAGUAUGAAUGAUGACAACAUUUCCACAGUCAGCUUCAUGUAGGCAGAGAAAGAGGGAGAGAGAGAAAGGGGAGGAAACAGGAGGAGAAAUGGAGGCCAAUAGAAAGGAUAGAGACGAGACAGAUCCUGUCAUCUACUGAGACCAUUUCCAAUAAGACACCUAACUGUAGAGAACAGGAAGCACUGUUUGGACUCUGCUGUGGGAGAAGUGGCUGCUGGGAAAUGUUUUGGUCAACUUGCUCUGGUUCACUGUGAUGGCUUCAACACAUGGAAAUAAAAUGUGUUUUAUUAGUUUGGA